AUGUCAACUUUCUAGGAAAGGUUCAAGGGCAAAACAACAGUCAUGGGUAGGAAUGGCCUAGAGUCUGUUCUCAAUUCUUGUUAACAGCCAAUCAAGAAAGACUUCGAAUAUCAAAAUAGAAUUCCCCAGAUUCAAUAACCUUUGCAAUAGUAAGUUAAUGUUCAACCUGUACUUACUCAAAUUCAAUACAACCAACAACAAUACCAUUAACCCUUAUAUUAACACAACCCAUACAUACCAGAGUAGUAGAUCCAAGAUUCUCUAUAAUACUUGAGUCAAUAGCAAUAUUUUCAACCCACUUACGACUAUCAAGUAAGGCAAACGGUCACUGAACCUCAAAAGAAAAUGGAACAAAGAUCCCAAUCCGCAAAAUAAUAAUAACAACAAGUAGGUGAUUCGUAACGGUACAAACCAUACACCAUCAAGGAUUACGAGAUAAUGAAAAAGACUGCGAAUGCCAAAUUAGGAGGUUUAGGGCCUAAUAUUAGUGGGGAUGAAUGGGCAAAAGAAAAAGAAAAAGUACAAAAAAGACAAGAAUUUGCAGAAUAAGUCAGACAGUUUAAUUCAACCAAUAUAAUAACUAUCAAGAGCAAAGAGACUAAGCAACCUGAAAUUAAUGCAAGACAAAAGGCUAUGGAAUUUGCCAGAAAUAUACCAAAACCUGUGGCCAAAAAAAAGGAGGAUGCUCCUAUGAAGGUCAUGUCGAAUAAACCCGUAAGUAAUAUGAACUAGGAUCCUUUUGAUGAUGAAAUUGCUAGACUUGAAAGAGAACAUCUAAAGUAUUUAAACUAAUUAGAUAAGAUGAAAUGAUAUUUGUUUAUAAAUAUGUAAUUUUAUAUUUGUAUGCUGUCUAA